AUGGCCGACAAGAUGGACAUGUCCCUGGACGACAUCAUUAAGCUCAACCGGAGCCAGCGUGGGGCCAGCCGGGGCGGCCGGGGCGGCCGGGGCCGGGGCGGCACCGCACGCGGGGAACCGCUUGGGCCGCGGCGGCGCGGCGGGCCGGGGCGGAGGGUCCGCGCGGGGCGGGGGCGCGGACGCGGGAGGCCCUUUGUCCGCUCCCGGCGCGGCCGCGGGGCCCUGGCGCCGGUCAGCCACGUCCCGGUCUCGUUGCAGCCGAAGCAACUCCCCGAGAAGUGGCAGCACGACCUGUUCGACAGCGGCUUCGGGGCGGGGGCCGGCGUGGAGACCGGCGGAAAGCUGCUCGUCUCCAACCUGGACUUCGGCGUUUCGGAUGCGGACAUCCAGGAGCUCUUUGCGGAGUUUGGGACCUUGAAGAAGGCAGCUGUGCACUAUGACAGAUCUGGCCGCAGCCUGGGGACGGCAGACGUGCACUUCGAGAGGAAGGCCGACGCGCUGAAGGCCAUGAAGCAGUACAACGGGGUGCCCCUGGACGGGCGCCCCAUGAACAUCCAGCUGGUCACGUCACAGAUCGACACGCAGCGGAGACCAGCACAGAGUGUAAACAGAGGUGGCAUGACCAGAAACCGCGGGGUCUCAGGGGGAUUUGGAGGUGGAGGCAACAGGCGAGGGACUCGUGGUGGGAACAGAGGGAGAGGCAGAGGAGCUGGAAGAACUUCCAAACAGCAGCUCUCUGCAGAAGAACUAGAUGCACAGCUGGAUGCUUACAAUGCCAGGGUAAGUGCUGCUUGGGCGUGGUAG